AUUUUCUACAAUCAACGGCGUCGGCCACAUGCUCGCUCGUAAGACGAGAUCUUUCGCGAAAUACCAUUGAAUUAUGGUCAAAAGUACUGUGAAAUCAUAAGAAGGUGCUGAAUAAACUUGACAGUGACAUUGUACAAUUGAAUUGAAGUGGAUAUUUGCAAUAGUUUGCACGUAAACUCAAUUAAAAGAAAUUUUCAAAUACGCAAAAAGACUACGUGCUUUUCGUCUAUCUCAAUAACAUUAUUCUUCGUUGUCGAAUUGUUAAAUUUCGUCGUACUUUGCAUUCGGUGAGAAACUGUGUUUCGUAUGUGAAUUUCGGUUGAAGUAGAAUCGUAUGUGUAGAAAAUUGUACACAAAGCAAAGACCGCAUUAAAGAGGUGUUAGGAAGAAUACAUAAAGCGUGCGAAUCGGAUUUUGAACAGUGUGAAACCAGAGAACUUAAAACAAUUUAAGUUUAAAACAACAUUUAAGUUCUCUGGUGAAACUCAGAGAAUCGACGUUGUGAGUAUUUGUUAGCAGUGCAUUAUAUCAGAUCUGCCAACAUUAUGGCGGGCGACACUGAAAUCGCGGAUGAAAGCGGUAAAGUUUUUAAAUGUCACUCAAAUUUGAGAGUACCUAAAAUAGUGAUUUGUUUAGUGUGCGAAUAUGUGUAUCAUGUUAAUGACUUUAAUCGGUUAUCCAAAGGAAAAGUCAAAUUUAUAAGUGAAAUGUUCGUAAUAUGUCCAGAGCACCAUGGCAAUAUAACCUCAGACACAGAUAAUGUAAACAUUGAAUUGAACGAAGAGGCGAGAUUGCUAAUUACAGGAAUAAAGUUAUACGAAAAAGAAAAAUGUAAGGAAGAUAUUAACAAAAGCAUUACCUCAAGUCUUACCAAGGAUACAUUACUGCUGGACAACACAGUAAUCGAAGAUGAUUUAGCUCUGCUAAGAGUAGAAAUCGAGCUAUUAAAACAGCUCAAUCAAGAAAUACAAGAUAAAAAUGCGCUUCUACAGGAAUUACUUGCACGCAAAAAUAAUAAUAUAAUUAACCAAGAUGUAACCAGUUAUGCUGAUAACAUUAAAAAAGAUAACAGCAGCACUAGAGAGGUUGUUCCUGAUAUUAUUGUUAAAGUCAAAUAUAAUAAUAAUACUAAAACUCUGGAACAUGUAAGAAAUAAGAUCCUAGUUGAUAUUGCAGUUCCAAUUAAAAUAAAUUUUGCUAACAAGAAUGGAGAAGUAACGAAUAAAUGCCAAAUAAAAUAGAUGUAACAAGAACUACUACUCUAUUAAGUGAAAAAAUGGAUAAGGACUAUAUUUUAGUAUAAAUGCAAAAACAGUGAAACUACCAAGAGUGAAAAUACAUGAUGUACAAAAUGACAUGAGUAUACAAGAAAUAGAAGAGGACAUAAAAAACAGAAAUUCAGUUAUGUUUAGUGAUAAUUUCUCCUUAAUAUCUGAUAACAGAAAUGCUAGUAAACAGAGAAUUAUAAUAAUGGAAAUCUCCCCUGGAAUUUAUGAAAACAUUGCCAAAAAUAAUUACAAAUUAUUUCUCAAAAUGAAAAUGACACAUCAGGCUUUUUAUUUGGAAAAUUCAAAGGACUGAACACAAUCGUUUACAAAGUGAUAUACUUGUAUUUAUAAAACAAAAAACAAACCAAUGCGAUUCCUGAGAUUUUCCUGCUGAAAACCGUACGCCAGUCGAAAUAACAGCAAGUUUUAUAAUAAACCUACAACAGUAGUAACAACAGCAGUAGCAGCAAGCAACAAUAGCAGUAAGGGCAAUAACAAAAAAGAACAGUAGCGUAGUGAGCAUUGACUAUACUAAAAGCGGCAAGUGAAUUUUUUAGAUUCGAAGCAUACUUUUAUAAAC